AUGGAAAUGCUAAUACCUCCUCGGGACCAUGGGCCGUCCACGUACCGCUACACAUGGGAUGAGAACGGAGAGAUUGCCCAGGUAACUCGAGUGAGAGACUCACGCCCCUUCUCGAUAGCCCGCCGCAGCCCAGGCUGGCAAAGCGCCCAAUGGCCCUUCCAAAGCAUCAUCACUACUACUACAAUAACCACAGCAACAACAGACAACGACCCCGCCAGCCCAGCCUCCCCUUCCUGCCAUCACCACCAACAUCGUCGAGCAUCGUCAUCAUCAGCCUUCCACUCAACGUGGCAACCCGACAGCCCUCAUCCCCAUCCCCAAACCACCACCAACAAAACCAUUAGCAACGGCUCCUCAGAGGAAACCCCAACAAGCCGGGUAAGCCUGGUCCCCGAUUACGUCGCCACCUUCCUCCGCUUUCUCCGCAGCAGCAUCAACAGCAACACCACGCCCGAGUCAACCCUCACCAUCCAGCAGCAGCACCCAGAGACCCCCAUCAUGAUCCCUCACCGCGACCGCUAUUACACCUCCCGCAACAGCGACGAGGCCGAGAAGCAAGAGCGAACAAUUACGCCCCAGAAAAAGCACUGCGUUGUCCAGAUCGUCGUGCCUUCCGAGCACCCCCACCCCCAACACCAGCAGCACCGGUCAGGGGUGGCGGACUUCUAUGAUGAGAGGGGAGUUCGCAUCUAUCCUGACGAUAGUGUUCAUGUCUUGGAAGCCGGGAUCGAAGGGGUUGAUUCUCGCGAUUGCGAUCGCGAAGCUGGGGGUGAACAUCCCGUGGUGGGGGAAGAGGAGCAGGGUUUCUUGGGCUCGUCGGUUGUUUGGGAUAGGGUCUCUGGAGGUUUUACCGGUGAAAAGGGGAAUGGUGGUGAUAAGAACUGGAAGAGGAGGGGAGGUACGAGGUGGCUUAGCGGAUGGCGGGCUGGGGUCGCGAUGAAUGUGCUGGCUGUGUUUGUGGUGCUGAUGGCUGGGUUUGUGUGCCUCGUUGUGGCCAUCUCGCGGGUGUCCCUUGACGGCGAAAGGUCGGCUUUUUUCGUCGGGCCGUGCGCCGCGGCGAGGGGGCCGGAGGGCGGGCUGCAUGCGGUGAUUAGUGUAUUUGUGGUGGUCUUGGUGGCCGGGGCAAACUACACUUUCCAGGUCAUUGCCAGUCCGACGCGGGAGGAAGUGACGGCGGCGCAUCUGGGGAGGGAGUGGCUAGAUAUUGGGAUCCCGUCAUUUCGGGGUAUUCGACGAAUUGAAAGGGGCAGGGGCUUUCUGGCGGUUAUGGUGUUGGUGAUGGCUGUCCUGACGCAGAUAAUGUAUAAUGCUGUAAUAUACGUCUCACAGACGGCGCCGAACUACAAGGCCGCCUUGGUCAGCGAGCCCUUCGUCGCGGGCGCUUCUUUUAACAGCGACUCAUCAAACAACGUUGGCGGGUUGAGUCGCGUCGAUCUUGAGACUCUUCAGCAGCGAGCAGCUCGAGGGGAGACUGUCCGGCUUUCCGCGUCGGCAUGUAUCAACCAGUUCAGCGCAGAGUUCGAGACGGAGUACUCGGCCGUCCUCCUAAUCUCCGCCUCCAGCUCCGCAUCUCUCAUUCAGACCUCUCUGGGUACCAUCCAGGACCUAGUCCCCACUGCGUCCGCCAUCCAAUAUUGUCUAGCCUUCCCCGCCGCCGCUCCAACUUGCGAAGUCAGCCUGAACGCCCCUCUCCUCGGGUCCGUCGCCCUCGUCAACGCAAUUACCCUCCUAGCGACGGCCACCGUCCUCUUCAGACGUCCCUCGUCCUUCCGCCCUCUCGCCACCCUCGGCGACGCCAUCUCUUCCUUCCUCCAGGAUCCCGAUCCAACCACACAAGGCGCCUGCCUCCUCUCGAAAUCCGACGUCCGUCACGGCCGCUGGCCGCUCCAGGAGUCCAAAUUCUGGGUCCCCAGAACCCACCGCUGGCUCCGCAGCGUCUCCGGCGCCCGCUGGCUAGCGACCUUCUCCCUCUGGGUAGCCUGCAUCAGCCUCUGCGCGGGAGGCUUAGCCUUCUCUCUUACCCCCUCUCACCCUGAAACAACAACACCCCAACACCUCCCCCCCUUCGGGAGCACCCCCUCUCCGCAUGCCUUGAUCCUCCUCCCAGCGUCAUCCAUCCCGCCCUCAGCAGCAGCCGUCCUAGCCUCCCUCCCGCAGCUCCUCCUCGCAAAUCUCUACCUCGCCGUUAACGCGCUCCUGACGACGUACUAUCUCUCGCAGGAAUCAGCCCUGUUCGCGACCGGUCCGGCCCCCCGAUCGCUGCGCGUGUCGGCGGACGACGCCGAAGGGGAGCAGACCACGUCGGUAUAUCUCACGCUGCCUGUUCCGGUGUCGGCGCUGCUCAUGGCGUGCUUUAUGGGGUUGGCGUUUAUUUUGAGUCAGAGCUUUUUUGCCGUGUCGGUGCGGCUGGAGGAAGUGCAUAUAUCGUCGCUGUCGGGUGACGAGGCGCUGUCUCUGUCUUCUGGAUCAAGGGUUCCAUCUCCUGCUGGUGAGAGGACGAUUGUGGCGCUUGGGUUUAGUGGGCUGGGUUUGCUUGUUUUGUUGGUGGUCUUCGUACUCCUUGCGGUGGCGGUUGUGGGAUUGGGGCUGAGACGGGCGCCGCCGGUGGGUGUGGUAAACGGGGAUAUGUUCGGGAAUCCGAUGGCGUUGCCGGGUGGGUCGUGCAGUGCUGUUCUGAGCGCACGCUGUCACCCACUGGCGAGGGAGAAGGGGCUGUGGAGGGAGCCGGUUAUGUGGGGAGUGGUAAGGGAGGGGGUUGGGUUCGGGGUCAGCCACUGUGGUUUUACCGCUGGGAGGGCGGGAGUGGUUGUGCCAGGGAGAAAUUAUGCUUGA